AUGAAGUCUCCCACAACACCUGCAGUUGAAAAGCAGCGCAUCCUGGACCAAUCUCGAGAUUACUUCGAUCGCACGCAAUCUUCAGAAGCAAUCCCCGAGGGCACUCAGCCGCCGUCUCCCGUGACUGCAUCUUCUCAGCCGGGCCCGACCCAGCAGCUUGAUCCCGUCCCAGCACCAUGGAAGGCUCCCACCAUGCAGAGACCUUCGAUAGCAGCGGCAUUUGACGAAGUUAGGAAUGUCACAAAGCGCCGUUCCUUAUCGGGGUCCAAUAUGUUUGGAAGCUUGAAGAAGAUGUUGCCCGACAUGCCGUCCCUGCCCACGCUCAAAUCACAGUCAUUCUAUUCCAACUUCAGCGCCGAGCCUUCCCCAAGGACCGAGAAAGAGGAAACGGAUAAAGCUGACAAGGCCAGUGAUCGUCCGGAGCGACAAGCCAAGGCCUGGUAUUCGCACAUAGGCGGAUCAGACAUCACCGAGCGUGGACCAUCGACGCCCCCGGGCAAAUCCGGAUUCCACAGGCUUGAUACCUCCCAGUCGACCAAGUCCAAGAGGCAUAGUGACCCGCUACUCCUGGAAAAAGCGCUUCAACGAGAGCCUACUGCAGGUCUGGAUGGCAAUGUGGAAUCUUUCCUGACCCCCAUCUCACCAGGACGACGCAAUUCGGAAAGCUCGCUGUACCUGUCCCGCAGACUCUCAGGCGUUUCAAGCUAUGACGAUAUGACCGCCUUUGCCCACGUAUCAGAGAUGGCGAACUCCAGACUCAAAGCCCUCACCGACAGCUUUCAGAGCUCAACCAUCCGUUUUCCACGCCUACCCACCAUGAAAACCAAUUUUGGCAAGACGACUCCUACGGAUGACGAAACAGACCGGAACACUCAGCUCAAUGCUCAAAGUUCUAGCCGAGAUCGAUCUUCUGGUAAAGAGAAGGAAAGAUUCUACACCAACCUUCAUAACAUUCGAAAGUCAAAAAGGUUGAUCGAAAUAGAGACGUCGCAACACCGCGCACACCCCAUCUUGUCCGAUGCACUUGAUGAGCUGGAGGGGGAUCUGGUCAUCCUCGGGGGAUAUCGCGGAUCUAUAUUGAGGGAAGCAAAAUCACCAAACAGACAACUCUGGGCUCCGGUCAAAGUUGGUCUAAACCUGCGAAAGGCCGACUUGGAGGUUGGACUGACCCGAGAGGACGAGGAAAGAGCAGCAGAUACCAUCGUACCAGGUGGUGUCCUUUCACAUAUUGGGCCAAUUGAUAUAUGCCGACGGCUGCUGAAACAUUCUCGUAAGUGCCCCAAUUUGAAAAACGGCACUCUGAGGGUCCACGACUGGGGUUACGACUGGCGGCUGAGCCCUGAUCUUCUGGCUGGUCGCCUGAUCAAUUUUCUGGAGGGCCUCGAAUGCAAUCAGCCAGAUCAAUCACCGGAGAAGCGAGGCGCGUGGCUUAUUGCUCAUAGCCUCGGAGGUCUCAUCACACGAUAUGCAGUUAACCUCCGGCCGGAGCUCUUUGCUGGGGUUCUCUAUGCUGGCACUCCACAGAACUGCGUAAAUAUAAUGGGCCCACUGAGGAACGGCGAUGAUGUUCUUUUAAGCUCCAAAGUUCUGACAGCACAGGUCAAUUUCACCAUACGAACCAGUUUUGCUUUACUUCCCGAAGAUGGCCGAUGCUUUAUUCAGAGGGACACCAAUGAGCGACUUGACUUGGACUUUUUUGACCCAAAGACGUGGGAAGACCACCAUCUUAGUCCCUGCAUUAAGGCGGCUGUUGAUCCAACAUCAGUCACAAAGCAACGUGAUAGAAGCAAAAGCCUCGUCGGUAUGAUGGCGCAGAGCGUUUCAAACCUCCAAUUGCCUGGAUUUCUGAGCAAUGGUCCGGACUCACCACGCUCAGGUACUCUGCCUUCCAAGCCCCCCUAUCCUCAAAUAAACGCCGAACCUGCCAGGGUUGAGUCUACCACUUCAGAUGAACGCUCGUCUGCUCCAGACUACGCCCAGAACUUGGUAGCGGAACCUGCAGGCGAGGCCUUGAUGGAGCCGAGUAUGGGAACCAACAACUUGAAGCCGCACAAGACCUCAGGCGCCACAACCAGCACACUGGAUCCCGCCGCAGCUCGUGAGUACCUUGCCCGCACGCUCAAGGAGAUAGUUGCAUUUAAGCGCGCUCUCGCCCAUAAGCCUGCGCAGCAGAGUGCCAACCGCUACCCGCCACACGCACUCAUCUUCGGCAAGACGGUACCGACCGUCUACGGAGCGAAAGUAGCAAGCCGCGAAGCCAUCAAGUACGCCGAUUCUCUUGACGACCUGGUAUUUGCCGCUGGUGAUGGCGUGGUGUUAGCAUCGGCGGCGCAACUGCCCGAAGGAUACAGGGUCGUGAAAGGAGGGCGAAUCGAAAGUGAUCGAGGGCAUGUGGGCUUGAUGGGAGACCUGGAGGGAGUGGGGAGGGCGUUGAGUGCGUUAGUUGACGGCCGUCGAAAAGGAGUGGGCAUGGGAUGCUAUGCAGAUGUUCAAAAAAGUGCGUAG